UAUAUAUAUAAUAACAAUAAUAAAAAUCAAGACCCGGUGUCAAAAAUACUUGGUUAAAUAGGAAAAAGAAGAAGAAGUUAUGUUUGUGUACAUAGAUAGAUAGAGAGAGAAAAGCUCGAUGCUAAAUUAAAACUGAAAAAUAAAACUCAUAAAAAUCUAGUUUCUUCAUUGUAAGAGUUAAAUGUCUUCGGAUCUCUAUAUAGAUAUAGGUUUGUACAAAAAAAAUAAAAUUCUUGUUUGUAAAUCUUAACAAAAAAGUCAAUCCCUGAAAAAUAAAACGAAGAACAUUAUUUCAUUCUGGAUUUUUAUCUUGAAAUAUCAAUUUUUUUUUAGUGCACAAGAAAUUAAGCCUGACAACGAUUAAUUACCAACUACCAAGAUCGUGCCCUAGAAUGGAUCCGACAACCAACCUUAAGCACAACCUCUUUUGUAGAUGAUUUUGAUUUCUUUCAUUUAUUUUAAGUGUUUUUCUCCAACUUUAAUUUAGUAUGAGCUGCGAAAUUUAUUGGUAUAACCCAUUUAUUGACAUAACCCAUCAUUUCAUCUAGGUUUUGUCAAACCCUCUCCUUUUCACCUAUAUAUCAAUAGUUUUUCAAUUUUAAUGUGUUAAUCAAUUUUUGAUAAAAUCAUCUAGUGAGUAAUUACUAUCUCAUUCACACUCAAUGAUAUCGGAUAUAAAAAAUAAAAAUGGAUUGAAAUUAAUUAUACAUGUGAAAUUACUAUCUAUUAAUUAAACACUAUCUCAUAAUCAUCGGCUACUUGUAAGAUCCACUAAUUUAAACAUUUAAUUUUAAUGCAUUCUUAUUUUCAUGUCAGAUACUAUUCAUAAUUAAUUAAAAAUUUGUUACUUAUUAGAAUAUUUUGACAAAAUCAAAUAAUAUUUAUACCAAAUUGAGAAGUUAUUCACACAAAUAUAAAAUGGAGAAAUUCUAGCAAUCAUGCGGGUGUGGGUGAAAUGAUGAUUUAGGCCGAAUUUUUACCCAUCAAACUUAGACCUUGAGCAGUUAAAGUUUUUGCCGGCAGACAAUGAUUCCCUGUAUCCUCUGUGCUCGAAUUUCAGUUCCUUUCUUUUUCCCCCCCUCUCGUAAACCCACAUACACAGAAUAUAGGCAUAGUUCAUAAAUACAAAAAAGAAGAAAAAAAGUGUUAAUAACUGCUAAAGCGGAUAGGAUAUUCAAAAACAAUAAGCCCACAAGACUGCAUGCACCAAAAUGUUUGCUAACUGGGAACCAUUUCAGGAUUAUUCCGAAGGAUAUUGCUUUAAUUUAUAUAUAAAGAAGUUUGAUGAUUGGAUUAUUUGAAGCAUAUAUUAUAUUAUAAAUAAAAUUUUAAAAAUAAAAAAUAUUAUCUUAAAAUAUUAGCUCUGUGACGAAGAUUGACCCCACGAACUAAAAAAGUACAUUAUUUCGACGGCUCAAAAUAAAACACGAUAGGAUAGCCCACCAUAAAAAUCUGGCCAUGAAUGGGAGAACGCCACUUCGAUUUAUUUUCCUUGACAACGUUGCUUUCAAAUCAGAAACAACCAAUCAUAUUCAACCACAAAUUAUGAAAACAUUUGCUUCGAUUAAAAUAAUAUUAUUCUAUUCCAUUUUUCUGGAAAGCAUCUUUGUAGCAGCGCGAUUUCGCUUGCUUACGGGCGAUUUCGCUUGCUUUCGGACGAUUGACAAAUUUUCUCACACUUGUUCUUUGUAUAAAUUUAACCUUCUAUGACAAUGGGAUUAGUUUUGCAUUCUCUCGAAGCUCUUAAGUUGGGUUAGUCAGCUUUACUAGCAUCGUUAAGCCGCUUUACUAUUCCGAUCAUAGUGAAGAAUGGAUUCUGAUAUGUACUACUUUGGUUUCUCUGAUGCUGAGAUAACACCCUCCACUGGCACCGUCCAUGAGGAGAACCCAUCGAUGAAUCCGCUGUUUGGUAGCCAGGUGGCUGUGCCAGGAAUUGGAGAAAACAUGUAUGGUAUUGGGACUGGUAGCCAUGAACUGAAAUACGGAUUGGCAGAUCACCGACACCAACAGCAGACAGAAAUACCGAACCAAUGGAUGGUGAAUAUGAACAACAUGUCCGUGAAUCAUCAAGCAGCCCUAGAACAACCAGCUGGAAGUUCUCGGUCUUCAAAGGAUCCUAAAAAGUUGGCUAGACAACGUAGUGACCUGAAAUAUCGUGAAAAAAAGAAGCAAGAGACGAAAGACCUCAAGAGAAAGGUGGAUGUGCUGAUGGAAAGAAACGACCAUCUGGAGAAAGAAAAUGCCAACUUGAAGAAGGAGGGAGAUCGGAUGGAAAAGGCUUUGAAACAAGGCAAAAGAGAUGUUCACCAAUUGAAGGGCAAGCACGACGGACUAUCUACUACUGUAACGGAGAUUUCCAGGGCACUGGCUGAGUCGAAAUAUAAUAUGGAGAUCCAACGUGAAAAUGAACGGCUCAAAUGUAAGAUCAAUUUGCUGGCUAAACAAAUGAAGAAUCCUGACAGCUUAGAUACAAUCAAGCUUCAGGCAAGAAUCGCACAACUAGAGGGUGAAAAUAGCGCACGCCAACUAGUAAUCGAUGCUCUGUGCGCAAAGAUGAAAAAGGACACAGAUGAUGAACCAUAAAUGAGAAUGAUAAGGCUGGUGGUUGCAGACGUGGUGUGGUGGUGGAUUUGAAUGCAAAGGAAGUUAAUGAGAGCAUUUAAUAGCGCCUGGGAUUUUUCGCUUUGAAAAUGGAAGUUAAAUUUGCUUUUUUCUUUAAGUUGGGAGUAGUUUGAAAGGUCAAACUCUUGGUUUGUUCUUUAAAUGGCGAAGACUUUAUCACUUAGCUUAUAUGUACUAGGAUUAUCAUAUUUCUACUACUCUGCUAAAGAACUGAAUUUUAUAAAGUUCGAAUGAAUUUUUUUUU